UCGUGCUAACAAGUCGUGUGUGCUUCGCGGUCUUUUAUUUCAAAGAUUUCAAAAAACUAUGGAGCUUUCUCUGGAUACCCUAAAUAAAAUUGCUGCUUGCGAGUAUCCCCCUGAAUAUCAGUUUAUACAUCCUACUGAUUUGGAAGUUGGUAAACCUUACAAAAUCAUCAAUAUUUCUCAAUCGCAUACGAAGAAUGGAUUAUUGUCUGUCGCACAUUUAGAAGGGAUGGGUAAAUUAUUUUUACCACAACGUUUGACACCUAUCCUUACUCAAGACAUCAUUAGUUCAUUAUUAGAUGGGGAAGGAACUACAUUAAUUUAUAAAGGUCUAAAAAACCUUUCUCCUAAUGAUUUUACCGCACAUAUUUAUGAUUUUAAACGUAUUACUCCUAAUGAAAGGAAUAAUAAAUUAACUCAGAUCUAACUUGAAGGACUUUCCAUUUCUUUCAAUUUUCUUUUAAUUAUAGUUCUACUAUAAUGUAUUAUUGAAUAUAAUAAUUGAUUUUUUGAAUGUAAUACUAAUACUACAAUACCUAAGUUUUAAAAAUAAAUGUUUUA